AAGAGGGAAGGGAUAGUGAAAUAAAUAAAAAAAAGAAACAUAGAGAAGAAGUUGGUAACCCUAACCCUCGAAAUCCCAAUCCUAAGAAUCAUCUCUGCGAUUACAAGGGAAUUUCCGGAAGAAGUUUGUAACCCUAACUCUCCCAGUGUGAAUUUGCUGCGAUUACAGAUUUCUUUCCAGUUUCCUUUUCUAUCUAAAAAGUUGGAUUUCGAAUUCGGUAAUUCCAGCUUCAAUUUGAGUUAUUCUUCGAGGAAAGAAAAUUGAAGACGAUUCCAAGGAAUUGAAGUACUUUGUUGUUUGCAAAUUGCCUGAUUGGAAAAAAGCUAUGGGGGAAGCAGAGGAUGUGAAAUCAAAGUCGAGGAGGGAAGAGUCUGAGACAAAGGAGGAGUCGAAACGGAGCCGUGGGCGUGAGCGUGAGCAUGAUAAGGAAAGAGAAAAGGAAAGGAAUGGGGAAAAGGAGAGGAGGAGAGACAGGGAGAAAGAGAGGGAUAGGGAAAAUACUCAUAGGCGUUCGGAGAGAGAAAGGAGUACUGAUGAUAAGCAUAGGGAAAGGGAAAGAGAUAGAGAGAAGCACAGGGAUAAACAUAGAGAUAGGGAGAAGGAACGGAAGAAAGAUCGAGAGGAUAGGGAUGGGGAUAAAGAAGAAAGAGAUAAGGAGAGGGAGAGGGAGAAGGCAAAGGUUAGGGAACGAGAGGAAAGAGAGAGGGAGCGAGAAAAAGAAAGGGAACAAAGGGAGAAAGAGAGAGAAAAGGAACGAGAGAGGGAGAGGAGGGAAAGAGAGAGGGAAAGAGAGAGGGAGAGAGAAAGAGAACGUGAGAGGAGAGAACGUGAACGUGAACGGGAGAAGGAGGAAAGAGAUAAGGAGAGGGAAAGGGAAAGAGAGAGGAAGCGUCGUGAAGUAGCAAGUGAUGACAGUGGUGAUGAGAGGAGGGACAAAGAUAGGAAACGGCGGAGGAGAGAUGAUGAUUACAAGGAAAGAGAACGAGAAAGGAGCAAAUCAAAAGACCCAGAAAGGGUUCGAUCACAUAGACACAGGGAUGGUAGUGUGGACAGCCAAAAGAAGAAGAGUGACGAUGAGCCUGACAGAAAUCUGGAGAAAGUGGAGACUAAGGAACAAGACAUGGAGGAGGAACAGAGGAGAUUGGAUGAAGAGAUGGAAAAACGGAGGAGGAGAGUUCAGGAAUGGCAGGAGUUAAAGAGGAAAAAGGAAGAAGAGGAAAGACAGCAGCUAGGGGAGGUAAAUGCUGAAGAACCUAAAGCAGGUAAGAAUUGGACACUGGAAGGUGAAUCCGAUGAUGAAGAAGCUGCUCUAGAUGGAAAUUCAGAUGCAGAAAUGGACGUGGAUGAAGAUUCUAAACCAUCAGCUGAAACUGGUGACACUAUGGUUAUUGAUUCUGAGAAUGGUAAUGCAUUACCAGUUGGUGGUGCUGCGGCAUCUGAAGAGGAGGAGGUUGAUCCUCUGGAUGCUUUUAUGAACUCGAUGGUCUUGCCUGAAGUUGAGAAGUUGAAUAAUGUUGUGCUUCCUGCAGAGAGCACUGAACUGAAUGGCAAGGAUAAAAAAAUUGAACAAAGUAAUGGCCAAGUGUCUAAAAAAGACCCAAAGAAGUUUCUUGGUAGAAUAAUGCCUGAGGAGGAUUCUGACUCUGAUUAUGGGGAUCUAGAGGAUGAUGAAGUGAACUCAGACGAUGAAGAUGAUGAUGAGUUUGUGAAAAGGGUAAAGAAAAAGACUAAAGCUGAGAAAUUAGCCUUAGUUGAUCACUCAAAGAUUGAUUAUAUUGACUUCAGGAAGAAUUUUUACAUGGAAGUUAAGGAGAUUGCAAGGAUGAGUCUUGAGGAUGUUGCUGCUUAUAGGAAGGAUCUGGAGCUGAAGGUUCAUGGAAAAGAUGUGCCAAAACCAAUCAAAACUUGGCACCAAACUGGGUUAACAACAAAAAUUUUGGAGGUGAUCAGAAAGAUGAACUUUGAGAAGCCAAUGCCAAUCCAAACUCAGGCUUUGCCUGUGAUUAUGAGCGGUCGAGAUUGCAUUGGUAUUGCAAAAACUGGCUCAGGAAAGACUUUGGCUUUUGUGUUGCCUAUGUUGAGGCACAUAAAAGACCAGCCACCUCUGAUGCCUGGAGAUGGUCCAAUAGGGCUUAUUAUGGCUCCUACAAGAGAGCUGGUCCAGCAAAUUCACAAUGACAUCAAAAAGUUUGCCAAAGUAGUGAAUCUGAUAUGUGUUCCUGUAUAUGGUGGCCAAGAUUCUAGGCAGCAAAUAGGGGAUCUGAAGAAGGGAGCAGAAAUUGUUGUAUGCACCCCUGGUAGAAUGAUAGAUAUACUCUGUACAAGUGGCGGAAAGAUAACGAAUCUGAGAAGAGUUACUUUUUUGGUUAUGGAUGAAGCUGAUAGAAUGUUUGAUAUGGGUUUUGAACCUCAGAUAACAAGAAUUGUCCAGAAUAUAAGACCAGAUCGUCAAACUGUACUGUUCUCUGCCACCUUUCCUCGUCAGGUUGAGGUUUUGGCAAAGAAAGUCCUGAAUAAGCCGGUGGAAAUCCAGGUUGGUGGGAGGAGUGUUGUCAACAGAGACAUAACCCAGAUGGUUGAAGUGAGACCCGAAAGCGAAAGGUUCUUCAGACUGUUGGAAAUUCUUGGGGAGUGGUAUGAGAAGGGAAAAAUUCUGAUCUUUGUCCAUUCACAAGAUAAAUGUGAUGCCUUGUUCCGGGAUUUACUCAAGAGCGGUUACCCCUGCCUUUCUCUUCAUGGGGGAAAAGAUCAGGGGGAUCGUGAAUCUACGCUUGCCGAUUUUAAGAGUAACGUGUGCAGCUUGUUGAUUGCUACCAGUGUUGCUUCUAGGGGUCUGGAUGUGAAAGAACUUGAGCUAGUUGUUAAUUUUGAUGUUCCUAACCAUUAUGAAGACUAUGUUCAUCGUCUUGGCCGGACAGGUCGUGCUGGCCGGAAGGGGCAUGCUAUCACUUUUAUCUCUGAAGAAGAGGAAAAAUAUGCUCCUGAUCUUGCAAAAGCAUUGGAACUCUCAGAUCAGCCUGUUCCGCAGGACCUGAAGGCAAUUGCUGAUGGGUUUUUGGCGAAGGUGAAACAGGGACUUGAACAAGCCCAUGGAACUGGUUUUGGUGGAAGUGGUUACAAGUUUGAUGAGCAGGAGGAUGAAGCACGGAAAGCUGCAAAGAAAGCGCAGGCCAAAGAGUAUGGUUUUGAGUAUGACAAGUCAGAUUCAGAGGAUGAAGACGACGAAGUUCGUAAGAGGACAGAUGUUACUGUACCAACCCCUGUUCUUGGUGGGCAAGUGUCAGAUACCACAUCGCUUCCUGGCUCAGUGCUGGGCGCAACUGGCACUGGGCCUGCCUCUAUUCUGCCCAUUAAUUCAGCAGAUAAUCCAGCCGUUGCAACUGCAAUGGCAGCAGCAAUGAGGUUACAACAAAGCUUAGCUAAGCUGCAACAAGAUGCAAUGCCUGAACAUUUUGAAGCUGAACUUGAGAUCAAUGAUUUCCCACAGAAUGCUCGCUGGAAGGUGACUCAUAAGGAGACUUUGGGUCCUAUAUCUGACUGGACUGGAGCUGCCAUUACGACCAGGGGACAGUAUUACCCUCCUGGAAAGAUUGCGGGUCAAGGUGAACGUAAACUCUAUCUGUUUAUUGAGGGACGUUCAGAGCAUUCAGUCAAGACUGCUAAGACAGAACUAAAGAGGGUUUUGGAGGAUAUCACGACACAAGCCACCUCUCUUCCGGGUGGUGCCCAACCAGGCAGGUAUUCUAUUCUCUGAUAAGCAGAGUCCUAUUUGUACUGGCCCUUGUGGUAGUGCAUUGGUCAUCUUCAGAUUGGAAUCACUAUUAGUUGCUGCUGGUGUACCAUCCUUUUGCUCGGAUAUACUUUGCUGAUCUUUUGCUUAUUUCUAUUACAUGAAAUUUGGUGGCCAUUUCUGUAAAUGGCUUUUUCUGGAAAGGAUGAGAUUCAUCAAGAAAUUUGAUGCUCUAAUCCUGAUAUAUUUGUCUUGUUAUCUGAAUUUUGUCUGUGACAAUUAAAAUAUACUAGAGAUGAGUGUCAGAUUAGGAGCAUGAGGAUAUGUAUGUACAGAUGGAGCUACCAAGAUAGUCCUCGUUCAUGCCAUGUGUUGUAGUUCACUAAUUUGACUAAACAGUUGUGCAUUUGAAUUUUUAUGUUUAAUCUCUGGUUGUCGGUGCCGCUUUUGAUCUUUUUUUCUUUUUUCUCUUUUCCAUCUUUGCUCCGAGCUCGAGGGAGGAUACGAUUGCCUUUUGUCAGGAGUGGCUUUGUGCUAUUUGCUUGCUUGUGCGGCAUCUGGAGGCUUCCAAAAACCAAUUUAUACAGAAAGCGAUUUAUCACAAUGGGUCUAAGGGUGGAAACCUGAAGCACCUUCAUGUCUUCCUAUAUGAGGGGUUACCGCGAAUGUUUGUCUCCCCCGAAGUAUCUUUUUAGCUCUGUUCCAUUGUAUGAAGAACAUGUUGUGAUUAGCUAGGUUAGUUUUUGUUCAGGGUUUAUUCCGGAAUCUGGUAGUUUUCAACUCAUAUUAUCAACCUCUUUGCACCU